AUGGACGGCCCUGAGUUGUUGCACUGGCUGGAGGAACGCUUGAGAGAGGAACGGGAGAUCUUGGAACGGCAGCACGUGCUGGUCCUCGCGCAGAUGCAAAGCAUGUUGCCCAAAAGGACCUUGAACCUCCUUGCAGAAUCAUCUACGACCUCCUUGGAUGCUCCCCCAGAGGUCUCCAAACGGAGGACCGCCGGGGGAAAGGGUCCAACCUCCCUGAGAGAAUCCUUAUCGAUGGAAUAUCUGGAGCCAAGUCCGGAGAAACCAUGGCAUCAAUGGCAUCCACAGCACUUGGUACACACGAUGACCUUUGAAGUGUUCUUUGCUGUGCUUAUCUUGUUGCAGGCCUUUAGCAUGGGGGUUGAGGUCCAACUGCAAGGUCUAGACUGGGGCUACCGUUUGAAUUAUGAUGGCUACACUGACAGAGUUGACCAAAUUUGGCCAGCUGUGCCCAUUGUGCUUGAAGUUCUGGAAUUGGUUUUUGGAUGUUUGUUUGCACUGGAAGUUGUCCUGAAACUUUGGGGCAUUGGAAGGAGUUUUUUCCGUGGCUUUUGGAACUGGUUUGAUUUGAGCCUGGUGUCUCUUUGGUGUAUCGAGAUGUUUGCGGUGCUGAUCCCCUUGAGCUCGACCCCCUCCUUGCGACUGCUGCGUUUGGUGCGUCUAUUGCGCUUGGUAAAGCCGCUGCGAACGGUGAAAAACUUUGACGCCUUGAUAAUCAUGACAACUGCGCUGAAACACAGCAUGGGUGCUCUCUUCUGGGCAUCUGUCAUCCUGAUGGUGGCGGAGGUGAUGUUGGCAUUGCUGUUAGGCCAGUUGGCCAUUACCUUUUUGCAAGCAGAUGAGGGCUUUGACCAAGACAUCGAGGUGGAAAUCAAGUUCUUUGAGUAUUUUGGCACAUUCCCGCGAAGUAUGCUCACGAUGUUCCAGAUGACUCUUGGCACCUGGGUGCCAGUAGCUCGUGAUGCGCAGGAACUUCUAAGUCCUGCCUUCAACCUGCUGACCAUCCUUUUCAAGGGUGUGUUCGGCUUUGCAGCCGUAGGGGUCAUUAAUGGAGUUUUUAUGCAGGAGACGAUGAAGGUGGCCCAGACUGAUGAUAUCAUCAUGAUGAGGGAUGUGGCCAGGAGAGAGAAGGUGCAUGCUCAAAAGAUGAACAAUUUCUUUCAGUACACCGAUCACGCCCAUGGUACGCCCAUCACCCGCUCCGAGUGGAAACGCGUCAUGCAACGGGAUGAUGCGCGGCACUGGUUUGGCGCGCAGGGACUUCCCAUCAGGGACCCCGACGUGGUCUUUGACUUGCUGGAUACCGACAAGAGCCAGUCGAUCAGCAUGGACGAACUGGUCUCCGGCGUCUCGCAGCUCCAGGGGGUCGCACAUGGGGUAGACAUUGCUGUGUUGAAACAAAACCAGCAAUAUUUGGUUGGGAUGAUUGAGAAAUUGAUGGAGAGAAGUGCCAGAGCAAGCGAGCUCGAAGACAAGUCCUUGAUGUCUGCAGGUAACACAGCCAUGGAAGAGAGCGCUGACAAUGCUGACAGAUCUGACAGACCUAUCCAUUUGUAG